AUGGAGAUCUACAAGCCUGUAUGCUACAACAUGAGGCAUGGUAACACCAGAGAUCCAUAUAAAGAACCAUACGCCACAAGAAUGUCGAGAAAGUUCUCAAAAAUUGACAUGCAACGGCCCAUAACGCUCAAAGAAGACGAAAUUGCCGCGGCUGUCAUAGCCGCAGAAGAGCUCACAAAGAAUUGGGGUCUCCUUGGAAGAAUCAUGGGCGCAUAUGAACCGGUCAUACGCAAGCGCUGGCCCAAAAAAAUCCAAGUAUAUCCGAAGAUUCCAAAGGAGCAUGCUCCGGAAUUUGAUAAUCUGCGAGCUCGCUGGACUGACGCACCCCUCAACUCGAAUGGGUACCAGAGAUCCAUGGAGACACCAUAUAUCAAUUUAGAGGACCUCACACAAGGCAUGUUCCUGCCUCUUUUUUUGAGCUCGAGAGGUCGAUAUUCCCCGCAUCUAUUUGUACAUGCAGAUUUCUACGCUAUGCACUUCGGGUUAAAUAUGUGGGAGAUUCCAGAACCCAAGAUCUAUGAUGGAUUGAAGCCAUGGAAACGCGCUGUCAUCUUCAAAAAUCCAGAUUCGGGAAAAUACAUUGAGUUUCUCGAAUCAGAGGAAAGAUCACAUGAGGCUUAUGCGUCUGGCCUAGGGUUCCCUCCAGGAAAAGCAAUCGUGAUAUUGAGAGCACAGGUUUUCACGUAUCAAUUCCUCGUGAAGUGUUGCUCAGCAAUACUUCAUGACAUUCCAACGCUUCUGGACGACAAUCAUAAUUUUAAUAUCGUCCCUGAACCGGAACACAUCUCUCCAUCCUAUUCUCAACGGCUGAGUACUGUCUUUUCUGUAACCGAGUCUCUUUACAGACCACCGAGUCAAAUCGACUUUCAAAGAAUAGAAGAUCUCCUUGAAACGAGACGUGCCGCAGCAGAAGACCACCUAUGGUCCCUAAGGGAAGAUCCUAGCUAUUUCGCUGAGAUGCUUGAUGCCGCAGGCGAACGUCAUUGUCAUUCCAGCGAAGAAGAUUCGAAAGGAUUUGAAGUAUUCAACAUCCUCGAAUACGCAUGUGUUUCCUUGCUCAUUUGGAACAAUCUGCGGGAUGAUUUUCGGCACUGGCGAAAUCUUGAAAGAAAGUAUUCGGCAGAGAUCGCUUCUGACAGGCAGCCUCCAUCUGAGUAUGAAAGCGUAUUCGUGUGCUUUUGGGAAAAUCUAGACCGGGCUAGUGAAUACUUGAGAAUGGAUAACUUAAGGCGAGAGAUUUUGUUCUCAAAAGCCUUCCAAGACAGCCUCGUUAAAGAUAUACUGCUUGAUUAUUCUGUUACCAUACGAGGGGAUAUAAAAGCCGGAGCGCAGGAUAAGCUCUUCUUCAUACUAUAUGAAUUAUCUCAGAACGAGGCCAUUCUCUAUUGCUCGCUACCGGAUCUAGUUGAUCAGCUCGAGCGUUAUCUGCUUGCAAAUCAAACUGAAAAGGACCGAAUCACGACUUUGGGGUCGUCAAUUUUAGCGGACAUUGGCAUUGUUGCUUCGAUAAGUCGAGAUUUAUAUCUUUAUCAACCCUGGGCAUCAGCAGUAAAUCAAAAACUUAAGGCCGAUGAUGGCACCAUAAAAGCCAUUACGGCCUCCAAAUGGGAACGCACGAUGGAUGUUUUUGAAAACCUGGAGAACCAAGCCGUGGACGAGCUUACAAAACUUAUCGAAUCGCCCAACUGCUUUUACUACCCUGCAGAGCAACGUCGAAAUGCGGCGACGAAUCACAGAAUGCGACAGGCUGAGGAGUUGCUUGAUAAGGUCUGGGAUCACCUUGACCAAGCGUAUCUCGAGGCUUCCGAAAAGACCACACUAUCUAGAGCCCUUCGAGAUCUUAUCACGAACAAAAGAAAGUUUAUUCGAACACCAGAAUGGGUCGAGACGGCUCCCAAGGUCAAGAAGUCUGGCUAA